AUGUCUCCCACUGGAGUCGUCUUUCGAAAACAAGUCGACACUCUUCUCGAUGAGUUGUCAAACUGUAUCGGAUUUUGUCAUCAAAUCAGACAGACUCGCCGACUAGGUUCCAAGCAUGAUAAUUUCGAUAAUCUUCUGGCACAUCUACUCACUUCCCAUGCCGCCCUUUCUACAAAAUACGAUACACUACAGCAAUGUUUUGGAUACAAGAUGGAUAUUGGUGAUGAAGAUUCCGUGGGACUCAUGAGCAAAUGUCUUCGGGCGGUAUCCUCUGAUAUAAAAACAAAACUAUACGAGAUCGCCAACAAGCCCACACAAACCACUGGUCCCAAACAGCUUCCCGGCUUCAGUGCUCUCCUUCAGCACUGGAAACUCAUCGAGGCAGACGCUUCCAACUCUAUAAUCGGUCUCGCACAACGUCUAGUUAUCACACCACCUGCAUCGACUCCUGUUCCAACCCCUAUCCCGUCGCCGAAACUAGAACCACAAGUUGUAUCAGAUCAACAUGUUGUUUCUACAGAGAGCCUCGACUUCAUGAUUGGACAUAUGCAUAAUUCCUGGACGGAAAAAUGGAGCAAUGAACAAAUUAUCUAUGUCAAUUUUUACGAUGAGAAGAUCACAGCGUUUGAGAAGCCUGAUGCAUUCAUCAAGGCAGUUCCCGCUUCUUACAGACCUACGAGAAAAGAAACGUUAGUGGGAUCAGUACCGAUGAACGAGGAUUUGAAUGAAAGGGAAAGAAAUGGUUAUGCAUAUGGAGUGUCAAAUGGGCCACAAAGAGAAAAGUUCUGGGCGCCAUAA